AGUACAGUGCUGUGGACUCCGCUGCCUCUUUAGUCUUUUCCAGUUUUAUUCAGUGUUUUUACGGAACAUUUUCUCCAGAGGUGAAGCCUUUACACGGUGAUCGAAGAUGUCUGUGGCCGGGCUGAAGAAACAGUUCCACAAAGCCAGCCAGCUACUCAGUGAAAAGAUCAGCGGGGCAGAGGGGACGAAGCUGGAUGAAGACUUCAUGGAGAUGGAGAGGAAAAUUGAGGUGACCAACAAGUCAGUGUUUGACCUCUUGUCCAAAACCACAGAAUACCUGCAGCCUAACCCAGCCUCUCGAGCCAAACUCAACAUGCUGAACACAGUGUCCAAGAUCAGAGGGCAGGUGAAGACCACCGGCUACCCCCAGACAGAAGGCCUGCUGGGAGACUGCAUGCUGCGCUACGGCCAUGAACUGGGAGAGGACUCUGUGUUUGGUGGAGCUCUGGUGGAGAUGGGUGAGGCCAUGAGACAGAUGGCAGACGUGAAGGACUCUCUGGACAUAAACGUCAAACAGAACUUUAUCGACCCCCUGCAGACUUUACAGGACAAAGACCUCAAAGAGAUCACACACCACCUGAAGAAGCUGGAGGGCCGUCGGUUAGAUUUUGACUAUAAAAAGAAACGUCAGGGGAAAAUCCCAGAUGAGGAGGUCCGCCAGGCUGUGGAGAAGUUUGAGGAGAGCAAAGAGCUGGCUGAGAGGAGCAUGUUCAACUUCCUGGAAAAUGAUGUGGAGCAGGUGACCCAGCUGUCGGCGCUGAUCGAGGCAGCUUUAGACUACCAUCGGCAGUCGAGUGAGAUCCUGGAGGAGCUGAGCGGGCAGCUGCAGAGGAGGAUAUCUGAAGCCAGCAGUCGGCCCAAGAGAGAGUUCAAACCAAAGUCCAUCAGGAGCAGCCUGGAGACCCUGGACAACAGCCAGUACAACGGUCUGUCCUACAGCUCCUCAUUCAAAUCCACAGAUAUCGAGAUCAAUCACACAGUCAAUGGGAAAACUCCAUCUCCAUGUGUCUUCACAUCUCACCCAGCUGAUCAUAUAACCUCUGUUCCACUGUCAUGGCCUGAGAGCCCUACUACCAAUGGCUUUGAUCACCAGACGGAGGUGUUGGACCAGCCGUGCUGUCGCUCCCUCUAUGACUUCGAGCCCGAGAACGAGGGCGAGCUGGGCUUCAAGGAGGGCGACAUCAUCAUCCUCACCAACCAGAUCGAUGACAACUGGUACGAGGGCAUGAUCCAUGGCGAGUCUGGCUUCUUCCCCAUCAACUACGUGGAGGUCAUCGUCCCCUUGCCUCAGUGAGACUGGCUCCUUGAGUCCUCCGCAGACUCCUUCCUUGCCUCAUCACAUCGUCUCAGCUCGGGCCUGAAAAAGCGUGUGGCCAGCUCAGCUCCAAGCCGAAAACAUAUUCUCUCUUCUGAAUUUCCAAACAAGCCAGAGAGGUAGUAGUUUGUCUGAAGCCGACGUAAGAUCAAAUGUCACCGAUUGCAUUGUUGUUGUUUUUUUUGAUAUUUAUGGACCUGAAGCCAACUGAAACCCAAGCCAUUAAGUGGGACACUUUGCCUGGUUGGACCAUUUGUGUCCUUUACAGUAUAUCUUACCGAGGUGAAAAUGUCAAGAAGUCAUCAAACUCUGUCAUCAUCCUGUCAGGACUUUAGAUCAGACUGACUUAAAGAACUGACAGGAUGAUUGCUACCUUUCACUUCUUCUAUAAGGCUGUUAAGCAUUACAGAAGUUUAUGUAAUUGAGCUGUCCGCCUCCUUUUGCCCCCUCACCACAAUCUUAUACUCUUCUCAACCUUCGCUGAAGUGCACAACGGUCAUCGUGAUUGCAUCGUUGGACCAUUACAAGAAGAUUAUAUGCUCCUUUUUUGCAUCACAGCCACAUGAGGAACAUGACAAACAUUUAAUUAUCAUAGAAUUAUGAUAAUUGAAUGAAUUAUCCCCCAUAAACGAGAGGUUUAAGUUAAAUGAUCAGUUUGCAUUACACAAUUACAAAAAACCACUUACCCCUAGUAUCCAAUCAUGCAUAUAGUUUUAUGUUUGAAAAAUUACAUUUAAAAAACAUCUAACAAAUUCAUGAGGUAAUUGCAAAAAUAUAGAUUUUUUAUUUUUUAUUUUUUGUAAUUUGAGUGAACUGAAUAUUUGAAAAGAAAAAAAAAAGAGAGCUGUUGAUGAGCUGUGGCCAGCCCAUAUUUUUAGUAAAGCACACCUCCAAUAUGGUCGCUACAGUCCUGCAUUUUAAGGGUUUUGCAUUUCAUAUUUUGAAAGCAUUUUAUGUUCUUAUGUUGUAACAUUUUCCUUAUGAUGCCUCAUGAGGCCUUCAAGUGAAACCUUGCCAAAGUGAAAGGAUCAUUCCAGUUUCCUGCAACUCGGGUCUUAUAUUUUUGUAGUUUCGAUCGUUAUUUUUAAGAAGUAAUAACGUCGUGCUUAUCAAGUUAGUGGCUGGGAUCUGGGAGUACAGAAGUCUCUAGUUGUUAGCAAGAUUAGUGGUCAAACAAUCAGGCGGGUUAUAAAGCUGCACUAAUCAAUAUUUUAGAUAUUAACAAUUGAGACUGCUCAUAUGUAAAAGGGGUCGCAUGUAAUGGAAAAUUAACACCUGACUUCGUACAUCCCCCUCUUAAGUGUCUUUCAGCCCAGUGUUCUGGCUUCAUGACCUCCAACUGUACUGAUUUGGUUGAGUCUCACAGCUCUCAUCAAACUGGUCUAUGAACCAUGGUUUAUUAGCAACAUUUAAAGUGAGCUCACUUUCAGAUUUAGCUACUUAUGAAGUGGUUUCGUAAUGUGGAGAAACAGUUAGAUUGUCUGAGUCUUUCCUUGUUGAACACUGUUGUAGCAGCGUCAUCAUGUUCCCAGAUGUCAUCAAUCCAGAAGUGGACCUAAAAGUGCGAAAAAACGUCGAAAUUGUAAUGAACCAAAAAUGAUCCUUUUAAAAAUGUUAAAUUCAGUCCUCGCUCUUAAACAUUUUAAUCAGUGUUGGCUUUAGCUCGAUGAUGCUCUUCCCUCACAUGCAAACAUUCCACUGCUAUUUAUUUUCCACGUUUUUAUCAUGUGCAUAGUUUUGUGAACUUUUUGAAAGCCACAAGCCGUUGGACAGC